AUGGAUGAGAGCAGCACGAUGAGUUCAGCCGAAGGGCCAGCAGCAGGAGUGGCCUCAAUCGCGUCCCCAAUCAAUCUGAUCCUCUUCUCGCUCUUCCUCAUCAUCGCCUACUACCGCCUCCGACCGACCAAGACCGCUCCCACUCUCCCCGCGGCGCCUCCGCCGACCGUCUUCAAAGUAUUCACACCUCCGCAACUCCUCCCAUACGACGGCAACCAGGGCAUGCCAGUGUAUCUGGCAGUACGCGGCAAGAUCUUUGACGUGACACUCGGUCGCAACUUCUACGGACCCGGCGGUCCAUAUCAGAACUUUGCUGGAAGAGAUGCGUCGCGAGGUCUGGCAUGUGGUAGCUUCGACCCGGAGAUGCUGACGGAGGAUUUGAACGGGCCGUUGGAUAAGUUGGAGGAUCUGGGUGGGGAGGAGAUGGAGGCGCUGAGGGGAUGGGAGGAGCGGUUCAAUGAGAAGUACUUGGUCGUUGGCAAGCUGGUGCCGGUGGGACACGCUGAGGCAGAGCCUGACGAGAAGUCGUAG